AUGCAUUGCGAUGGCGGGAUCACCAUGAUUCUUCAGAGACUCUUCAGGUUGUCCUCUCUUGUUCAGUCUGCAAUCUCAGUCUCUCUGAGGAGGAACAUUGGUGUCACAGCAGUGGCGUUUAAUAAGGAGCUUGAUCCUGUGCAGAAACUCUUCGUGGACAAGAUUAGAGAAUAUAGAACUAAGCGCCAGACAUCUGGAGGACCUGUUGAUGCUGGCCCAGAGUAUCAGCAAGACCUAGACCGGGAGCUUUUUAAGCUUAAACAAAUGUAUGGUAAAGCAGACAUGAAUACAUUCCCUAACUUCACGUUUGAAGACCCCAAGUUCGAAGUUGUUGAGAAACCACAGUCUUGA